UGUAGGUACCGCGGACAUAAAACGUAAAUAGCAGCAGCAGAAAUGACCUGGCCAAAAGUCAUUUUGUUUGGCGAUUCCAUAACUCAGUAUUCAUUCAGUGACGGGGGAUGGGGUGCUGCUGUGGCAGAUUCACUUAGAAGGAAGUGUGACGUUUUCAACCGCGGUUUUUCCGGCUACAAUUCAUCCUGGGCCAGACUCAUCCUGAGUAAAUGCAUUCCCAAGGAGAUGCUGACCGAGGUUGCCUUGGUAACCGUCUUCCUUGGAGCCAAUGAUGCGAGCCUUAAGGAAGUCAACAGCACCCAGUAUGUGUCGUUGGAGGACUACAGAAAUAAUAUGAAGGCAAUAUUGAAGUAUUUAAUUGACGGGGGUCUCCAAGCCAGCCAGAUAAUAGUGAUCACACCCCCACCACUAGGUGAAGAGAAAUGGGCUGCGGCAUGCAUGGAGAAAUAUGGUUGUCCACUCAACCGAACCAACUCCAACACGGGCCUGUACGCCAAGGCAUGUUGCUCCAUCGCGAGUGAGUGUGGCACAGGUCUCCUGGAUCUGUGGACGCUGAUGCAGGAAGACAAGAACUGGCCUAGGUUUUUCUAUGAUGGACUUCACGUCUCUCAAGAUGGUUCUAGAGUGAUAGCCAAGCAUCUUGUUAAGAUGGUGGAGGAAAGGACGAGGCAUUUACCCAUGAUGCUACCGGACUGGAAAGACAUUGAUGUUACUUGCCCAGAAAAGUCUCUCCUACAAUGACAACUUUCUGUUAUUUCUUUUUCUCAGAUGCACACAUUUUGUUUCUUCAAAAUACUGGGUAUUUGAUGCUUUUGGCAGCAAAAUGUUGCAAACAUUAAGAAUCUAGUUAUUCCAUAAAAGUUUGCAUUUCUGGAAAAUGCAUAUUUUAGAGAGCUUAAUUUUUAUGACAUUUUGUUUUUUUUAACCAUGGCAAAAUCUUUUCAAAUUUCAGUCAUAAAAUAUACAUAUCUUUCAUUUAUUUUUGUACUCAACUCAAAGGAUUAAGAAAUAAACUGAAAGGACAAAGAGUAAAGGUUUUUUUUGUUUUCGUUUUAUUCCAAUAUUGUGAAGUUUCCUUACUUAACAUUUUGUGUUUUAACACUUUCUGAAGACUUGCUUACUCCAACAGCUAUUUUUCUGCAAAUAAUGAAACUUUUUCCUACACAGUACCAUAUGAACUCCCCUGGCAGCGUGGUAUUGCUACGUUGUUGCCCAGUUUGAUUGUUCAUUUUUCAAAUAACGCUUCAUAACUUCGCCUCAAAGAUACAUAUUCCUGGACCAUUUUAAGUUUCCAUUAAAAUAGAAAAUAAACAUGACAAAAAGGAACAAAUGUGUUAUAACACUUCUUAAUCCCAGAAAUUAAUGCAAUGACAAGAUAUCAUUUUUUCGCUUUAUGUGUGAAAAACCCAAGUUCAUAUAAAUAAUGUCAAGAGAAUAACCAGGUGAAUAAAUGAUACAUGUAUUGUUUUAACGAUUCAAGGAGAUGAGCUCAACACAAACUUCAUUCUUGCUCCCUUAGAAUUAGGCCCAAUUUUAUGGCUCUGCUAAAGUUUUUUGCCACUUCGGGAUUUGUAUCCAUUUAAUUGAAUAAGCAGUACCCUCAGCAAAGAGCACGCUAACGUUAGAUCAUUCUUGACAUAAUGACACAAUAGUGCUGGUAGAAAUAGUAAGUCUUCACUG